AUGGCCACAAAAGUUGAAGAUAAACCAGUUUCUAAUGAUUCCAAAAUAGCGAAAACGAAUGAUGUCGAAGAUGCGGAUGCCGAAUCUCCAACAAAAAAAUCAAAACUGGAAGAAAAUACACCAGGAAAAAAAAGUGGGCGAAAGAAGAGGUCAGAUACAGACAUGAUUGCAGAAGCUAAAGCCUUAUAUGGUGAGCUGGACACUUCUGGAGGACGAAGCUUAAGAAGAAGAUCAGAACCCAAACCUGUCGAAGAAAAGAAAAAACCAACUCCUAGGAGGGCAUCAAAAAAAAAGGAUUCUGAAAAAGAAACAGCUGAAGAAGCUAAAGACAAACCAGAAGAGAAUGAUGAUAAAGAGGAGGCUAAAAAUGGGGAUGAGGGCAAAAAUAAAAAAGAGGAAACUGAAGACAAGCCACAGAACAAUGAUGAAAAAUCUGAUAAAGCAACAACGGAAGAUGAUAAACAUAAGGAUGAAACAAAAACUGAUUGA